CGCAUAAAUAGGCACCUAAACGCUAGACGAAACACGUUGUUCGUCUUCUCCCAUCGCUCCUCCACUAUUUUUCCUUCUUCAUUUUUCAUCUUGGUACAGUUCCAUUUGGAGUACUAAAUUUGGCCUGGCCUAUUGUUUUACGGAGAAAAAAAAAUCACCUCUGCCCCGGGUGGUUAUAAAGUUUUGUAAAGGUAGUGUCGCCAUUGCGGCACUGGCACUGGUACUAAUAGCUACUCUCACGAGCUGCGUGGGGAGGUUGACCAGGACUCCUUCCGGAUCCUGAAAUAAGGCCACCGUUCGUUUCCCCUCCCCCUCCCUUCACUCUCUUCCCUUGCAUUUAGCCUCCCGCGGUUGUGGAGCCGUGGGCCAUUCCCAACCAUCGUUCCGGUGGUGGACGGUAUUGGCCGAGACCCAUGGGCAUCCAGGUCGCGGCGGUGGCGCCGCCGCCGUGCUCUUCCCCCUCCUCGUCCUCUCCGGCCUCGCCUUCGUCGUCUGCCAUUGUGACGUCGCCGCGGCCUGCCGUUCUUGCCGGCGGCUGCGUUAGGCUGGCGAGAAGCCAGUCGUCGUUGGCUGGCUGGAGCGCCGGUCUUGGCCGGCGGCGCGGCGGGCAACACGCGAUCAGGCGAGCCCUCAGCGCCAGCAUCGACAGCGUCGGGAGCGACGGCGGGGACGAUGAGGAGUUCUUGAAGAGGAUCCAGGAGCUCGCGGUGGGGCAGCACCCGGGCGCCGGCGGCUGCGGGUGGCCGGCGAGCGUAGAGCGGAGCGCGAGCAGCGUUGGGCUACCGUUGUCGCUGCGGAUGCUCAAGCGGAGGAAGCAGCAACUGGAGCGGGCGCGGUGGGACGAGCGGCUGAUCGACUGCACCGGCGAGUCCGCGAGCACUGCGGUGGGGCGCGCGUUCUCGUCGAUGGUGCUCAUCAUCCGGGAGCUGCAGAGCUUCAUGCUGCAGAUGCGGGAAGCGUUAUUCUACGAGGACCAGCAGGGCGUCCUCGCGCGCGUCCACGCCGAGAUGCACGCCUCCUUCGUCUGGCUCUUCCAGCACAUCUUCUCCGGUACCCCAGCCCUCAUGGUCUCCCUCAUGCUGCUCCUCGCCAACUUCACCGUCUACUCCAUGGGCGACAACGUCGCUUCGGCAGCUACUCUACUGCCUCCCCUGCCCGCCGCGGCGGCUGUCGCAAUGGUCGACACCCAUCAACCAGAGCAAUCCCAGCGGUUCGAACCCGCCACGCCCAAGACGAUCUCCACUGGCCGAACGGACUCUGUGGGCGGAAACAGCGGUGGCGGCGGCAAGGUGCGACCGGUCGCGGGUGCCACCGGCGACGGCCAGUCGGACGAGUCGUCGUUCCGACAAAGCGGAGCGGUGUUGCCUCAGGACGUGUCACAGGCGACGCCAUUAGGCACGGGCUCGGAGGCGUCCGUGUCCGACUCAAUGGCAAUGGAGGAGACACAGACACGAGACGAGCUGGUCAUCUGGAAAAGGAUAUCCGACGAAGCCACCAGGAUGCAGGCGAGCGUGCGGGCUGAGGAGCUGAUGGACCCGGAAAUUUUGGGGCAGCUCGUCGCGCCGGUGGAGGCGCCUAAGCUGGACACGGAGGACUCAGCCGAGUACGCGGCCACGGCACAAAGAUACGAGCAGGCCGUGUCGAAGGAGCCCAACAACUCGCUGCUGCUCGCCAACUUCGCGCAGUUCCUAUACCUGGUGCAGCGCGAUCACGACCGGGCGGAGCAUUUCUUCAAGAGGGCGGUGCGCGCGGAGCCGGCGGACGCGGAGACGCUCGGGAGGUACGCGACAUUCCUGUGGAAGGCGCGCAACGACCUCGCGGCCGCGGAGGAGACGUACCAGGAGGCCAUCGCCGCCGACCCGAGCAACUCGCACCACGCGGCGGCCUACGCGCACUUCCUGUGGAACACGGGCGGUGAGGACACAUGCUUCCCCCUCGGCUGAUGCGUGUACCGCUACCGUCCAGCAGCAGAUGCUCCACGCUUCCCAUAAAACCGAAACAAAAAGAAAGGAAAAGAUCACUCCUCCACUCCAUUCCAGUCCCUCAGCAGGUCCACGCUCUUCUCACUCCAUGUGCUUGGGCGGCCACCCAGCAAUACUACACUACAAGUGAAGCUGAAGGCGAUACACUUCACAUUACUAGAAUCGCUCGUUUGCUUAGGCUUGUUCUCUUCUUGCGGUUGCUCGUUUUGGGGCAAGUAAUGGAGCAACGGCCAAUGGAAAUCCGCGGCUCUCGCUGCUGCUUACCGAUCUGGAAACCCCUGCGAGUUGAGAGGGGGAAUUUGGCCGGGGAAGGCGGCAACGCGCGGUUGUGCACGAUCUCGCGGCUCCACGGGCUUGUCGGUUGCGCCGGGGGAUGGGUCCGUCUACUUGGCGUCGCGUGUCGACUAUGGCAUGGAUGUUUGUACUGUCACUUUGCACGUUGUCGUCGAAAUUGAUGAGAUGCCGCUCUGUUCAGUGGAGCAGUUGAAGCAUAUACUGGCAGCAAUUUGCUUCAUGUAAUUGUGCAGAUGAAUAAACAAACUGUGAGAAGCUCUUCAUUUUUUUUA